GUGGAGGGCGAUGCUCCUCCCACAUGGAAUACAGAUAGUCACCUAGGAGACGGACACUCACAGGGCAGAGAUUUCUUAAAUUACAGGGGUAGCUUAGAGACUAAUCUAAAUGUCGCCACCCAAUCCUCUUUAGAUGCGUUCAGGGGUCGUGACCCAGUGUUCACYUCGAUGGCACCUUCCGAUUCACACGGCCAGAUCCUUUUCGAUCAGGUAUUGAACUCAAACGACAGGYCUAGAGCCCAGGCUCAGGGAGAAGGAGCCACAUCAGGCAAUAGUAAGGAGAAACGAUUCCUCUGCAUGUUCUGUAACAAAGGCUUCAGCUGCCCCCAGAAGGUGGAGAGGCACCAGAGGGUCCACACAGGGGAGAAACCCUUCAGCUGUACCCAGUGUGAMAAGAGGUUCUCCCGCCAGGACAACCUAAAGAUGCACCAGAGGGUCCACACUGGGGAGAAACCCUUCAGCUGUACCCAGUGUCACAUGCGCUUCGCCCUGGCUGGCAACCUGAAGAUGCACCUGAAGGUCCACACGGGAGAACGGCCGUUCGCCUGUACGAACUGCGGGAAGAGGUUCUCAGAGAGGAGAUACCUCAGGAUACACCAGCAGAAAAACCAUGCCACUCUAUGAUAUAGAAAGUAACCAUUCCAUUCCAUAGAUUCUGACGUUUAGAUCAAACCCUGCAUUAAAGACAAAGAUUAAUCUAUUGCCAGCAGAAAAGAUCCACUGAUUACUUUUGACUUACCAUAGCUGACUCUUAUUUACCCACAAAAUAAUUUAUGUCCAACAUGAUGGGUUUAGCAACAAUUAAGUUAUUCAGUAACUACAGUAUAGGACUCAAACGAUGUGGGGAUAGGUAAACUCUCCAUGUUGAUAGUGUGUUUAUUACCUGUGUGUGCAUCUAUGUCUGUGUAAUCUGUAUCACCUCUCUCUUCCAAGAGGAGGGUCCAGAGCAAUGAUUCAUAUAUUACACUAGAUGACUGAUAAGGGGCGCUGUUUUGAAACCGCGCCUUCAUUCAAGUCUAAGAAGCAAUUGUUUUUGCGUCUUUUACUUACAGUUUCUUACACCAGCUUCAAACAACUGAAAAUACAAUAAGUUUGGUUUUGGAAAAUAUAUUUCACAGCGGUUUAGAUGGUAGAAUGAUUCUCUACGCUAUACUUACUUGUUUUAUCAAAAACUGAAAUGAGGUGAACUAUUAGACAUUUAAAAACCACGAAAUGGCAGAGCGAUUUCUGCAAAGUGCAGCUUUAAAUACAUGUAAUUUUGUCCAUGAAACAUUUCAUUGAAAUACUGUAGAAUUCCAUUAAUUCCUAUGGAGAACUGCUCCUUCUGGGGAGUGCCAAUAUGGCCGACUGGUGGCUUUGAAGCCUCUCACUGGCCAAUAGGUCGUUAUCAAUAAAAUAUCCCAAUAAGAUGCAGGGUGUUCGAUUUGCCUGCUGAGGGGCAAGGAGACCCCAGCUCCUCUAAAGCCAUUGACAACUGCGUGCCGUUUAAGGGAUUGUUAAAUAAAGGUUAACUAUUUGGAUGUAAUAUCGAUCCACUCCUUGAGAGCAUUGUCAGAACUACAAACGUCCAUGCAAAAGAAUUGCGCACAUUUAGCUAUAUCAUCAGAGUUAUACAGAAGUAACGCAUGCUUUUAAUGAUCAGAAAACAUCAAUUGUUCAUGUAAUUUCAGAUAUGUGAGGGUAGCCCACGAUAUCUCUCAAUAGCGGCCACUUUUAAUUGGAUAAUUGAGUGAUAUAAAAGUAAUUAUAUCUGACAAUAUGAGUGGUUUAGGUUCAUUUCCCAUUGUUUGUGGGCUCUGCCUGCCAAGCAGCAGAAGGCACAUUUACCGAUGUAAUUUUAGCUGAUAAUGUUUAUUUGCAAGUUACCGGUAGACACUUUGUACAGUUGGCUAAACAUAGUGGUAAGUUGACCUAAUGUACAUUUUUCUCCAACCAACAUAGGCCUCCUAGCUAAGUUAGCUAACAUUAUCCCCUUUUCAACAUUGUUUUUCAGAGUGUGUAAUCACGAUUGCUGCUG